CAUGGCGGAUACCCGGCGAGGGUUAAAAAUCUACAAAAGCUUCACAAGAAGCUCCAAAAUUCAGUAAAAAUGAAACGAGCAGUAUGUCAGACGCUUUGGAAGCUUGUGCAAAGGCAGACGUACACAUGUCUGUCGUCCCGGUAUGGAAUAUGGCUCUGUAUCGGAGGCUUGUUGUUGACCUUGAUCUCCGCAUUUCAGUUUGGAGAAGUUUUUCUCGAAUGGAGUAUGCAGAAGUAUGCAGUCACGUUUAAUGCCUACCACGACAACAUUCUUGGAAAUUCGUAUCAGAACAGGCUUUGUCUUCCGUUACCGAUUGAUAUCGUGUAUACAUGGGUAAACGGAAGCGAUCCCAAGUUGCUCGCAGACUUACAGAAACUCAAACUAGAAAUUGAAUUACAACAAAAUCAGACGAGAUUGAACGAAAUAGAAAAGAUGAGAAGGGAAACAAACGCUACGGACGAGGAAAUUAGUAAGAUUAUAGCUGCAAAAGCUGUAAAAUCGAAGGAGAAGGAGAAGAAGGACAAAGGAGGAGCAGGAAAAAGUGAAGAUAAAAUUGAAAACUCUCGCUGCCCAUUUGAAAAUUGCGUUCCUGCCUUUUGUGUUAUUGUAGAGAACGGUCUCCCUAGUGAUGUUCAUCUAUCACAAAUACGCGCGAUCGAUUCCUCGUUCGCGAAAGCAACGAAUUAUUACAACAUAUCUUCAUCUGGUCCAAAAAAAGAACACGUGGGUGUAAUUCAAUUCCGUGGGAAAAGCGACACCAAUGACGCUUUGAAAAUCAAGAUCCGACUUCAGGAGAAGAGUUUUCAAAGUAAAGAGGGUUACUUCACAAGUGAUGCAUCACGGCCUAAUGCAGUGAACAGUGACAAAGAAGUCAUGAUUUUAAACUUAAAAGGAGAGAUUGAAGUUGAAAAGGUCAAGAAGGAUUUGAAAGACCACUUUGGAGACAAAUUUGUCAAUUUGAUUUUUCAUGCUGACAAACUUAUUGGUGUAGCAUACUUUGCUGAUAAGACCACGGCCUCUUCUGCUUUGAAACUAACUUUGCUAGUGAAUGGUAAAUCUUUAACAUUAACCCCUGCACUCUUGAUCUGGGGUUCAUUUUCUGCAUCACAUGGCACAGAUACUGAUGAUAAGGAAGAUGCUGACAUUUCAGCGAGUCGUUUUGCAGAUAAUGAAGAGCUGAAAUAUUCUCUCCGUUCAGUUGAAAAACAUGCACCAUGGGUGCGCAAAAUUUUUAUUGUCACAAAUGGCCAAAUACCAUCUUGGCUCAACUUAGAUAAUCCUCGCCUUAAAAUAGUUACCCAUGAAGAACUCUUUCUGAAUAAGAGCCAUCUUCCAACGUUUAGUUCUCCAGCCAUUGAAUCCCACCUUCAUCGUAUCCCUGGUUUAUCACCAAAGUUUAUCUAUCUUAAUGAUGAUGUUAUGUUUGCUGAUGAUGUUUGGCCAGAUGAUUUCUACACUCAUGCUAAUGGACAAAAAAUAUAUUUAACCUGGCCUGUCCCAAACUGUAAUGAGGGCUGACCAUCCUCAUGGGUAAAUGACAAGUAUUGUGACAAAGCUUGUAAUGUAUCAGAAUGUGAUUGGGAUGGUGGUGACUGUAUUGGAGUGAAAAAGAAGACACAGUUUAAUUAUCAAGGAUGGCAAAGUCAACAUGGAAGUUACCGAGUAAUGUUUUGUUCUCCCGGAUGUGCAGAUACAUGGGUUGGUGAUCGCUAUUGUGAUGUGGCUUGUAAUGUUGCUCAGUGCGGUUUUGAUGCGGGUGACUGUGGAAUAACACAAUUCAAUGAGUUGUAUCAUAUUGAUGUUGAUCAGGAUACUCAAGCUGUCAAUUUACCUCGUGGCAUAUCAGUGCUUUAUUUCAACAUUUCAACAUUUUUUAGCGAAGGGAGGGUCACUUCCGGUGAAUAUUCUGAGACGCAUUGUGUUCGCUCUGCUACUGUGGCUCAGAAAUUUAAAGUCUUUACUCUCACAUUGCGAGUUAACUGUACAGUAGAAGGUAUUCAUUUCAAAAUUGAAGGAUUUAUUGACAAGAAUGAAUCAAGUAAGGUGGCUGUGAACUUAAAUGUAACCAUAGACACAAGAAAGUUAGAGGAAAUUGAAAUAGUUCCUGCAAGAAACUCAAAAACCAGCAAAUUGACAACAACAAAAGCAACAACUUCUGCAGUAGUGACACCUUCUGCAAAUGCAGAGACACUCCCAAGAACUAUUUAUCCAAUCAGAAUUCAGAACGCUGAUAGAUCCCUGAAUUAUUGGGCGGUUACUGGUAAUGAGUCAAUUACCAGACCCACAUGGCCACCCUUAACCAGCCAGGAAUAUGAGAUACCGCACUUAUCAAAUGACACAGUUUUGCCGCAACAUGUUCAAAUCUCUCUGGAGGAGGUGGAGAAAGAGUACAAGGAUGGUGACCUGACACAGAAAGGUUAUGCUAGAAAGAAGGCCAAGAUCUUGCGUGAAUUUUUUACUGUGGUUGCUACUGAACCAGCUUAUUCACCAAUUGCUGUGUUAACUGCACCUUUGCCUAAAUCAGGAAUGGUGGUAACCCCUCCUGCAAACUUAUCCAUAAGACAGCAGGAAAAUAGGAAAGACAAGAAAAGUACCAGUUCUGAACUUCAGGGACAUCAAAGAACAGAAACACAUACUCAGAGGAAGCUGUUGUCCUUAGAGGUGUCUGAAAUAGAAUCUCUUUUUGCUGAAAUUGGUAGAGAGAAAGAUCAACACUACAAGGCAACAGAUGAUGAGAUAUUUCUAGCUGACUGGAUUGCAAAUACAAAACAAAAACAAUUGUCAUUUGAUAAGGACCAAGCGGAGAGCACACAGCUGUGGAGAAGUCGCUAUGGAAACUGGUCACCAAAAGUACUGCAAAGUGCAACAAGUUUCCUCCCUUGGGAAAGGCAAAAAACAUUCGAGGAGCUUCUGAGAUAUCAUGACAGGCAAAAGCAUUCACAAGAAUUCACAAAUGAUCACAAACCUGGUAGAAAAUUACUGGACACUUUUGCUGAUUCAUUGCUUCAUGUUCAUCGGAUCUAUAACCGCAAGUUUGGCUACAUGGGACGUAAAGUUCCAGCCCAUAUGCCGCACAUGGUUGAUGUGAAAAUCAUGGAAGAGCUGCAAUCUCUUUUGCCAGAGGAAUUUGACCAAACAUCAUCACAUAAGUUUAGAAGCUCUGAGGACAUGCAGUUUGCGUUUUCUUACAACUAUUUUGUGGUUGGUCAAAAGAAGGAUCCAAAUGUUAUUGAGUUCUUUGCUGAUGUUGAUGCAGAUCAUUCAGGAGUAUUGUCAGAAAGAGAGAUGCGCACCUUAGCAGCACGGCUUUACACAUUACCAUUGGACCUGAAUGACUUAAAUUCUCUUGAGAAAACUCUUUUGAGGUGUGAUAACAGAUCAGUGCCAGAUACUAAUUCAUCCAUUCCAAGUCAUCAGGGACUACCAUUGGUUUCACUGGAAUUCCUUCAACAGUGCGACCCAUUGUUGAAACUGUUGAAUGACUCUUACAAGGGCGCUGCAAAGUACAAAUACGAGACUGUGGGAGAUGAAGAUGUUGCAUUUCACAUGAUACGCGACAAUGCCACAGCUGUCCUGCGGCAGUUAGAUAAUAUCAGAGGAAAGAAAAAGAAAUUUGUUUGCUUGAAUGAUAACAUAGACCACAGCAAGAAGGAUGCAGAACUCAUCAAAGCACUACUGGUAGAUUUUUAUGAGUCUCUCUUCCCUAUCCCAUCACAGUUUGAAUUGCCUCAAGGAUACACGAACAGAUUUCUACAAAUCAGUGAACUGAAUGAAUUUAUGAAGGAAAGAGAGAAUAUAAAAUUUUGGACAAACAUUAUUUUGGUAAUUUUAGUUGUAGCAGCAGUUUUUUCAAUUUUUCCAGGGAUUUUAUUUUACUUGAUCCAACUAUUAUGUCCAUUCAGAAGACUUUUUUCCCUCUCUCAAAGGAACAGUUCCUCAACUACUUCACGUCUCAUGACUGUUUAAGAAUACUAGAUGGAUAUAGCAUUAACUUUGUUGAUAAAACUUAGGACUUUCGCAUUCAAACUAAAAUUAAUGACAGAGGCAGAUUAGGUUAAAUGUAUAUGUACCACAACUGGUUGAAUCCUGACUAAAGACCAACUGAAGAGCUUCCACUUGUGUUCAUUUAAAGGCAUGAGUAAUGUAUUUUUACACAGCAUAAUUUUAUCUUCUUUUAAUUGCUAAAUCAAUCAAAGACCCCAGAGGCUGCCUGUUGGCUAGACAUGAAUAUUGAAAAAAUUAUGCAUCUACAAAUACAAUAAAAAUUACUUACUUGCGUUCAUACUCAUUAGAUGCUUUAUUAACAGGCAAAAAAAUAGUCAAGGUGAUUUUUUAUGGCAAAAGCUUAAUUAUAGUUAAUUUUAUACCACAUUGCAUAGAAAUGGAUCAAACUUAACUCGUAUUUAUUUGAUUAAAUGGCAACUUGUGAUGAUUACCAAGGAUGGAGAAUAAAGUUAUCAAUACUUCCAGUCUUGAUGAAUGCCACACCCAAUCUGAAGAAUGCAGAGUUUAUUCGUAGACUGUGAAAAAAAUUGACAGGUGCAGUACAACUUAGUAAAUUACACCAUCAUUGAAAAUUUCAAUUAACUCUUAAACUCCCAGAGGUGAUGAAUAUGUAAUUUCUCUCUAUAAUGUGCAUUCAUAAUCCAGCAAACAAGUAAUGAGAAUACUCAAACUCAUCAGACAAGUAGUUUUUAUCUUGAUCCAACACCAAGUUCUUGUAGCUGAUUUACAAGGAAAUGUGUGGUACCUGGAGGGGAGACUCUGCAAUCUGAUCCUGGUAGUUAUAGGCCGGGAUAAAAGAACAACACAUCAUAUUAGAUCUUGAAUCAUUGAUUCAGUGCCUUGGAAACAUUAAAAAUGUCAGAAUGUCAUGGUGUUAAGUCAAGUAAAUAUGCUAAUCCAAAAAAAUAAUAAGGAAUCAAGUUUUGCAUACAUUGUUGAUGCUGUGUAUUAUUUAAUAAAUACUGUCUGAUGUGAUGUUGACUAUAAAUUAAUGAAAAAAUACUCAAUGGAAAAAUAUUCUUAUAUGAGUUGACCAGACUUGGUUAUUUAUCAUGAAUACACUCAGCAAGAACAUUUUCUUAAAGUUAAUUUAAAAAUUAGUUAGUUACACUAUUUAGUACCUAUAUAUUUUUAAUAUUGAACAAUUAAUAAAAUGCAGAAAUGAUAUUGGCACAUCUGUUGUAAUUCUACAUUUCAAUUUAGCUUGUUUCAGGUUCUCAGUCAGUGGGGACAAGCAAAGGGGUAGGCAAGUUACAAAUCCCAGUUGAGAUUGUCAGUUGGAAAAACAGCUGCUGUCUUUCCCUCAUUUUCUUUUUGACCCUGCCAUUUUUCUGGACCCACCUAAAAUAUGAAGUACAUUUUAACUCAUCAAAGGAAGGUCUUACAGAGGGGUAUGGGUUCAUUUGCAGUUACAAAAAAGUAGCUAUAUAUGUCUGUACUUGAGCCAAGUGGCACACCCUGCCAGAGUUUA